AUGCAGCCAGACCCCGCCGUGAGCGGUGGCUCAGAGCUGCUGACCGCAGGACACAGAGACCCAAUACACCACUUCACUCGGAAACUUUUAAAGCUAUUAAUAAUUUCUGAAUCAGAGAAGUUCUAUGAAAAGAUCACAGAAAACAUCUCAGCUCUACAAACACUGAACAUGAGCGGUCUCGCGGCCCGGGACGGUGGCCGAGGCCAUCGCGGAGGCCCCUCCGGCCGCCCGCCCCCCUCUGCCCCCUCACACGGGGCGGCCGCCCCUCACGCCAACGGCCGUAACGGCCGCCGCGCUUCCCGCCCCCGCCCUGGCGUCACUGCCGGAGGGCGCCCUGCGCGGCGGGGGGCAAGGCCCCGCGCCCCGCCGCUGUUGUCGGGGGGCGGCGGUGGGACGGCCGAAGAGUCUACAGCUGUAGAGAAGAAGAGGAAGCCUCUUGCCCGACUGAAUAUUCAUUUUGCAUUCUGGAUUUUGGCAUCAAUUGCUGUGACAUACUACUUUGAUUUUUUUAAAACUGUUAAAGAAACUAUUCAAGCAGAUAGUUGGUGGUUUGCCUCUGGCAGUUGUUUAUUGGCUGCAUGUUUAGCUGUUGCCUUUUACUGCAUACUGUACCUGGAGUGGUAUUGUGGAAUCGAGGACUACGAUGCGCGGUAUCCAGCGCUGAUACCUAUCACAACAGCUACCUUUAUUGCAGCAGCAAUUUGUUUCAACGUUGCCUUGUGGCCUGUCUGGUCAUUUAUGACACCUUUGGUGCUCUUCAUUCAGUUUAUGGGUGUUGUGAUGCUUGUGUCACUCCUGGGAUAAAUUAUUCAGACAGUGAAAAGAAGUGAUUAGUGAGAAUGGAUGACUUUGGAGAGUACAGGCCAGAUACCUGCAGCUUUUACCCAGACUGGGAAAACUUCUUCGGGAAGUUGCUUGAGCCGAUAGUGAACGGGAGAAGCUUUUAACAUCCGUAUGCAACUGUAUUCUCUAUUUUCUUUUUCUUUUUAAAUUAUUUGUCUUUAAGUAUGCUGUUUUCAUUUUCUGUGACCAACAGUCCAGAUCAACCUGCUAUCUGGAAAACUGCGAGAUAUCAGAAGUUCCCUAAAAAACAAGCUUUUAAAGGCAAAACCAGACAUUUUGUUGACUUGAAAAAUUCAUUGUCAAUAACUGCCACAUUGAAAGGGGGUUCUCACAUCUUUUGUUGGGAAAACAACAAGUGAAUUCUGUGAAAUUGAAAAAGCUUGGAAGACAUCAAGGACUGCUCAGUAAAUAGGAUAAGCAAUGUCCCCUGUAUGAGAAGUGUCUACAUCAUCCAGUGAAGUGAUGGCCUCAGCAGGUCUUGUUUGCUGUAAUCCUUCCUAAGGGAAUGUGUAGAAGCCUGUUUGGUUUUGCUUACCACCACAAAUCCUCUCCACUAAGGAAGUCCUCCAGCAUUUUCAUGAGUUCAGCAAGAAGAAUGGGACAGCACUGGAUUUUGAGUGUAGCCUCUUGUAGUGCCAGUGGUGUUGGCAAAAAAUAUUCAGUGGCUGGGACAGCAAAACAGCUUUUAUUUGUAAAACAAAAUGAAACUAGUGGUGCAUUUUUUCCCCCUAAUUUCUAGAUAUCAAGAAACUUGACUUUUUAAGGAGGUAAUUAACCUAGGUCAUACUCUGAUAACACCUAUAGACUUCUGAAAAAUACAAUACUGACUUCAGACCCUUUUUAAUCUAUUAUGGGAGCUUCAAUCACACUGAGUAAUGACUUCUUCAGAUUGUGUUUGUUCAUUCUGUCAUGAGCUAUGGUAUGUCUGAGCACUGGAAGGAUGUGGGGAAAGGACCCAUUUCAGUGUGUUAGAGCUGAUUAUACUAAGAGACUAAAAUAACCAUUCUGCAUUAAUUUGUACUUAGAAACUAAGAGGUACAAGUGAAUCAUAGAUAUCCUGAACAGCUGAACCGUAUGAAAACAUUCUGGUUCUCUAUAUGAACAGUCAAGUGAAUUCUGCUAUACAGGAUUUUUUAAAUUCUGUAUUAGGCUAAAUGAUUAUUGGCCUAAUAAUUAGGGCCAAAUUAUUACCUGGUGAUGCAAAAUCAUUAACUAAUCAAUAUCGAAUUAGUACAAGAUACAGCUUGUGGAGUGUAUAAAAGUGUUUGUGUUAAAGUUGGAUUUGCUUUUCUUUUCUUUCAGCUUCAUGUGAAGGACUCAAGUAACUGUUAUCCUACAAAGUGGAUGUCACUUUUGUUACAUUCCAGUACUUUUAUUAUUUCUAAUACUGCUUGUUUGCUCUAACUGAUACCAUAAUUGUUAUACUACCUGAUUUGUAAAUUAAAUGGACAUAAGCAUAAGUCAGCCAGUGGCUAGGAAAAAGCAACUGAUCAGUGAAUAAUUGAAAGAUACAGAGGUUUUACUUCUUUUAAUAAUGUGCAGCAUUUCAUCACUGCUUUGUAAAGCUUUUAUUAAUAUUUCAAUAUUAAGCAGAUGGGUAAUAAGUCAGUUACACAGUCGUAAAUCCUAUUUGGGGACUUCAGAGGUCCAAUGUCUAAUCCAAUUUCUUGCUCAAAGCAGAUUGGUUGGUUGGUCUGAAGGUAAUUGAUACUUAAUUAAAGUAUUGCCAGUUUUUAAUACUGCAUUCUUUCCAUUUGAAUUGACAGCUAAACUCUUGUUAUCUGGAAUCCAUGGUUGUACUUGUAAACUUACUCAUAGAUCAUGCAGGAGAUAUUUCUUGAUCUAUUAAAUUUCUAAUGUUAUGUCUGUAACCGUUUAGGAAAUAUUUUAUUACCUAAUCUCUUGACUUCAGAUCUGCUAGUGUUUGAACAAAGAUACAGAUCAGGGUAAGGGCCUAGAAAGCUGGUUGAUGAUUACAGCUUUGUGAAUUUGGCAGUGCCAUCAGUGAAAUAAAUAAAUUCUACUUGUGCUGAUAUAGUUUGUCCACAGCCAAAGAUAGAUGAUCAAGCUAUGAAUAACAAUAAUAUGAACAAUAUUAACCCUAUACAAGAAAUUAAGAGCACAAACUAAGUUAUUUUGAUGUAUGCACUAUUUUUCAGUAUUCAGGAUGUUAUUCUUCUGUAAAUUAACUUUCCAUUCUCAGCAGUGCCUGUUAAUGAAGUUGCCAUUUUUCUUCCUCAGCAAUAAAGAGGCUGAUAUUAACUUAAAUGCCAUUACUCACACGCAGUUGGGAAGAUAAAAUUACUUUGUCUGUCUGUUCACUUGGCUGAGAUACAUAAGUAUCUGGAAACCUGUGGACCAUUUAGUUGCUAGACCAUUUUAGAUAGAUCCUUGUGUUAAAUACUUUGACACCCAGACCUUUGGGAAGCUAGGAGAAUGUAGAAGCUGGGUAUUGAAACUUGUUAAAAUUUUCUCCUUGUGACUGUUGCUUGAAGUCUGGACUGUUAGAGGAGACUUUGUUCUUCAUUCUGACUCCCGAAUUCACACCAUUGCUGAAUACACAAUACGUGACAUGUUUAAUAGUGAAAAAGAUUGACGUUGUCUUAAGCUGCUACAGUUUCAUUAAGGAAAAAACUUGCUGUUGGUAUGCAAUACAAAGGAUCAAACAAACGAAAAUAAAAUACAUUUAGCACUACAGUUAAGUAGCUUGUAAAGUUAACAGCUUGGUUUGUUUAAAUGUAAUAUUUAAGUUUUCCAAAACCAGUUGCACUUCACAUCUUUAAAGGGCAAGUUGCUUAUCUUCAGGUCUUCAUCUUUUAACAAAUUUUAACAAUUUUAUGUCUGCAUACAGAGGUACAUUUGAGUAACUUCAUUUAUUAUGAUAUUUAAAUGCACUGUUGCUCAGGGAUGGUAAUAAUUACUGUAGUUUUAUUUGUCAACUAUAUAAAUGCUCUAGGUGUUUUGAGUUGCCUUGUACUGUAUCAUUAAAAUUGCCAUUUCCUACAUGUGUUUUUCAGAUUUAUUCUUCUGGACAUCUUAAUAAACUUUGUACAAAAAAGAUCA